GGCAAGUUGAGGCAACAAAAUCGAGACGAAGUGUCGCGACUGUUAUGUUAGACAUAGAUAGUUAGAAUGUGCCGAAAACUCGUAGUAGCGUGUAUUAGCCGUGUGAAAUCAAUCAUAGACCUUUGUCUUGAAUAAUGUAUCUUAAUAUGCACAUCUUGUGAGCAAUAAAGUUUAUUAUUAAUAAUUUUCUAACCUUCUUGCAAACAUCAACCGACGAAGAAAGGCGACCAUUUCAUUUGUUUACUGUUUAGGUUGUUGAGAUGACUGAUUAUCAUAAAUGCGUUGUGUUUAUGACCUUUCCUGGAGUUUCCUUCUAUUUUAAGAAUUGUGAUGAGCCCUAUGGAGCUUAUAACAUGUUGGGAGCGCUUUAAAAUGAUGUGAGAGAAGUACUGAGCAAGGUUCUUUUUUAAAUAAAGGAGUCAAAGAUAAUUUUGUUGUUUUAUUGUCAGUAAAAUGUUUACCAAUGUUUGUGUGGUAUUGGCGAGACGGCUGUUUCGUCCUGUACAGAUUGAUAUACAUAAUAUCCGAAACAUAAAUAUAAGCCGACAGACACUAAGUUCUUUCUACGAAAGCUAUAGGAAAAGCGGCUACACGAAAUCGGAUAAGAAAGUUUCGCGUCUAGAGCUUAUUCGCAAUGGACUUAAAGAACUUAAAAAGGAAAUAUUCAUUUGGAAAGAUGAAAUUAAAGAGAAAUUGGAAUCUGAUCCGAUCCUUAUAUACAGACCAGGAGAAACAGAUAUCUUAUGGAAAUUUGACUCGCCACAUAUCUUGCAUCAGUGGGUUACGACAGCUGAUAGUGAUCACAAAGAGGGGUAUAGUAAAUGUGAUUUGAACAUCAGUGCUGAUGGGACAGCAGUCUUCUCAGGUUCUCUCAAUUGUGACGUACCAAAAGAUGGUCGUAUAAAGAAGUCUGGAUAUUGCAAUAUGAAAUCAGUGCGCCCACAGAAAUCAUUUAAAAGGGAUGCAUACUACAACUGGUGCAUGUACACGCAUUUAGUACUGAAAGUGCGAGGAGAUGGACGUACUUAUAUCGUAAACUUAUCUACUGCUGGGUACUAUGACAUAAUGUGGAAUGACAUGUACACAUAUGUCUUACACACUCGUGGUGGCCCAUAUUGGCAGCUUACAAAGAUACCUUUUUCAAAGUUCAUCCUUGCAAGCAAAGGACGUCUGCAAGACAAGCAAUGCCCUAUUCCACUGGACAAAGUUACAAAUGUGGGAAUAUCUCUUGGAGACAAAAUUAAUGGUCCUUUCAGUUUGGAACUGGAUUAUAUAGGUUUGGAGUUCGACCCAUCACACACAGAAGAAUUUGCUUAUGAAAUGUAUCAAACUCCUAAAUUUCUUGUAGGUUCAUAAUAGUUGUUUUAUUAAUAAAAAAAAUUUAAAUGUGUGCAACCUUUGACCUUUGUGUCAGCGUGUCCGCAGCUUGUGGUCUCAUGGUUGUGUUCUCGCUUCCUGAGCACGGGGUCCCGGGUGCAAUUCCCAGCGGCGUAAGGGAUUUUCACCUACCUCAAGAUGACUGGGUGUUUGUGUUGUCCUCACCAUUUCAUUAUCAUUCAUGAAAGUGGCGAGAUUGGACUGAGCAAAGGUUGGGAAUUUGCACGGGUGCUGAUAACCGUGCAGUUGAGUGCCUCACAAACCAAUCAUCAUCAUCAUCAUCAUCAUCAUCAUCAUCAUUGUGUCAGUGUAGAAAAUAUUGUGCUGUGUUGUACCUUGUUCAAAAACAAAUUGAGGUAUUCAUGUACUCAAGGCAAAUGAAAAAAAGACACUAAAUAAGAAACCUUUGACAAUUUCACCGAGUUUAGCAGUACUGCCGAAGUAAAUUAAUUACUAAUUUCAAAACUUUGUGAAAAAAUCUACAAUUUUAUAUGUCACAUAAUAAACAAUAUAGUAACAUCAAAUCAAUGAGGUAAAGGAUUGAACACACAUACUGUUUUCUAUCAGUGGAAUAAUGAAUGAAAAACUGCAUAUAAUAAAUACUUCAAGUAGUUUUGA